UUUGUAUGACACAAAUUUUGAUAUUGAACUUCCGGAGACGCGGGAGAUGGAAGGUUCAGCUGCUUUCAGAGUAAAGGGGGAAAUGAGUGUUCCAGAAAAAGACAAACUUACGGUAUUACAAGAUGAUAUGAAAGAGAUGGAGAAAACCCUUUCAGAAAAGCAGGAAAAGAUCCUAAAGAACACAAGCAGUGAAGCUCACAACACAGUGCCGGACGAUGAGAUGAAUAAGAUGGCUAAAAUCAUUUCAGAGAAACUUGAAAAAACGCUUGAGGACAAUAUCAGUAAAAUCAACAGCAAAGUGUUACAAGACGAAAUGAAAAAGAUGGAGAAAAGUAUUUCAAAGAAGCUUCAAAAAAUACUGGAGAAAAAGAGCAGUAGAUCUAACAACAAAGAAGUACAAGUUGACAUGAAAGAGAUUGAAUUAACAUUUCCAGAGAAGCGCUAAAGGGUGAUAGACAUAUCAGCUAUAAAGAGUGAACCUAAAUACAAAGCUUUACUUCCAUAUACUCUGGAAGAAGAGGACAAUUAAAAGAGGAUUAACAACGUCUCUACUUAGCUAUAAACCUAUAACCUAAAACUUUAUAUUUUGUAAUUAUUCUUAUACUAUCAUAUUACAGUCAUUUGUUCAAUUAUAAGACGCAAGUUAACUUUUUUUGAGUUUCAUUGGGAUAUGACAUGAAGUUGUUCACAGAACCAAAACCUAUAAAGCUCGAAGGGCAUGUGAAGUAACCAUCUUCAUCAAAAAUUGAAGGCCAUUUUUUCAGAAUCGCCAUUUAAGGAAGGAUAUUUGUAAUUGUAAAUCAAUGAUUAUAUUGUUUGUAAGCGGAAUAGAGCAUGAUUGUUUAUGUAUUUAUGAUUUUAUCUCUUUGUCCUUAGCUGUCAUCGCAAACUGUUUUGUAAUCCUAUUUUUUUUUUCAUUUAAAAAAAAAAAAAAACAGAAAAAAAAAAACCAUUCAUUAAAAGUUUCCUACCGCUCUCAUGGGCUACUACAUAAUUUUUGCUACUAUGUGGCAUUAUAUUCCUGACCAAAUAUCUUUCCUGUCUUGUCUUUUAUAAAGCCAUAUCUUAUGUUUAGUCUUUUUGUACGAUCUUUUUCUAAUGUGACUUCGGAUUGAAUUCUAACACCAAAAGAAACUGCCAUAUAGCGGUGGAAAAUUGUUCAUUGAUAUCAAUUGCGGGUUCAACUAAGCAACAAGAAACUGCCAUGGGGUAUUUUUGUUGGAAAAAUAGUAAAAUAAAUGUUUGAAACAGGUGAUUGAUAAAACUUAAAUAUUUCAUUUCAAUACCGAUUUAUAAUUCAUCCUUUGCAGUUUUGUACAUAAUAAAUAUGAACUUAUAUGAAGGCAUGGAAUUGCAGCUUUAUGCAGCAAUGUUAAGGUUUCCUGAAGCUUUAAUACGAGUUUAAAACAUAAUAUUGCAUUUCAAGGUCAGUUUUGAUUUUAAUCCAGAAGCUACGUAUCUUAGAACAGUCAACGUAGAUAUAGGAUACUCUCGGUGUUUGUAAAGAAAUCACAUGACUAUAUUAAUUACGUGACGAUCAUUUAUAAUUUUUUUUAUAAGUGUUUUACAUAAAUCGCUUUGGCGCAACCAAAUAACACAAUCAAUUUUUAUUAAAAUUUUGUUUUAUAAAUAAACUUGUCAUAUCCUUGCAUUCCCGAAAUGUGCUAGCAUUACUUGAGUAGAAAAUAUUCCUGAGAAGUUCAUUUUACCCACACGUUUGAGGGUAUUUUACAAUCAAUAUCGCAAUCUGUAUUUAAACAAAGCAAUCACUAAGUUUUCCCAAGCAAGAUCCAGUUAGAGAACAAACUCUUCUUAAUGAUUUCCACAAAAAAAUCUCAAAUUAAUCCUGAAUAAUCGCCUGCCUCUGACUCUUUUAAACACACAUAUUAAAUUUUAUAUUGAACCGCGGGUGUAAAACAGAUUACAUUUCAAAAGUAUAUUUUCAUAAACAUUUUCAACUAGCUGAAUUUCAGUCAAGAGUAACUGAGUAAAAUAUCUAAGGAAUAAAGUUUAUUUUAACUUAUGUUGUAAGCGGUUUAUAAAAAAAGCAUUAACUGUCCUUUUACUUUUUUUCGAAUAAGCUUUAUUCUUUAUAUUUUAAUUUCAGUGUCGACAAUGAGACCAUUUUUUCGGAAUUCAGAAUAUUUUGACGUAACUCAUGCAACUCAUGUUAUACAAAUGAAUCAAAUCCGAAAUGCAAUAUUUAAAUGAUACAAAAAUGCACGUGACUUUUUGCAUAAGCGCUCUAAAAUAUACAUGAACUUUAAAUAAGUCGUAAAGUGAAUAACACUUUCCUUAUCAAAACACCUCAAGUUCGCAGUGACUUGACUUCAUCUUCUAUUAUGACGCAAUGAAUUUGUAGUUCAGAAAAGUGAAGACACACAGUGCAUUGCAAAAUUCUAUCGGAAACCUUACGAUUGCUGCGUUUGAUCAUCACUUUUUGAAUACUAAAGUAUAUU